GGAGUCUUGCAGGGGGGCCCUUCAAGUACUGGAAACGAAAGUGGAUGAGGACAGCCACCUGCGAGCUCUGCGCUUGUUCCUGUGAAGCAUGACGAACACGUAUAGGGAUUCAGGCAGAGCAGGUCGGGAAAAUGAGGAGGAGUUUGUGGAUAUAUUGAAGGAGAAGAGGUGCAGCAGUGAUCUUUGCCAUGCCCUCAGGGACUUCACCCCCAGCCCUUACAAAGGAGGCCCGACCUGCACCGCUGCUGACCUCCCCAAAGCCGUGCUGGAGUCCCAGUAUCUCCGCUAUGUGGUCGAGGAGAUCGCCGCCGAGACGGGGUCGUCGCUGGAGGAGGUGCGAGAGGAGGCCUCUGUGAUUUUGGACGAAAUGUCUCAGAACCUGCAGCUGGGCUUCAUCAGGCUGCUGUCCUACGUACUCACCAAGGUGUUGAAGAGACUCUUCACCGGCGUCCAUGUCAACAUGGAAGGACUCGACGCGCUCCGAAAAGCUGUCGGGGAGAGUCCUGUGAUCCUGCUGCCCAAUCACAGGAGCUAUGUGGACUUCAUGGUCAUCUCCUACAUCCUGUUCACCUACGACAUCCCGAUGCCUGUAGUUGCUGCAGGGCUUCCUCUUGCAGGGAUGAAGAUGUUUGGAGAGAUAUUUCGCCGCUCGGGAGCUUUCUUUAUCCGACGUGCCAUCGGCUCUGACAAACUGUACUGGGCAGUGCUGUCGGAAUAUGUCAGAACCAUUGUCAAAAAGGGAUAUGCACCUUUGGAGUUUUAUGUGGAAGGCCUGCGAAGUCGCACACUGAAGUCCCUGAUGCCCAAGUUAGGUAUGAUGCACAUGGUGCUGGAGCCCUACUUUAAAGGCGAGGUGUAUGACAUCAAGUUGGUCCCCAUCAGUAUCAGCUACGACCGAGUGCUGGAGGAGUCGCUGCUCGCCCACGAGCUACUGGGUGUCCCCAAACCCAAAGAAAGCACCACGGGUCUGCUGAAGGCUAGCAAAGUGCUCCAGAACAAUUACGGCAGCAUGCAUGUGAACUUUGGACGCCCCAUGUCAGUCCGACAAUUGUGUCGGAGCAAGAUAAACCGCUGCCGGUACAACCUCGCACCCAGAGAUCUUCCUCAGAAGCCCAGUGCAGAUACUCAGGCCUGUGUGAGCUCGCUGGCUCAUCUGAUGGUACGAAUCCAGGAGGAGGGCACUCUGAUCAGCCCUUGGUCUCUGAUGGCCUGCCUGUUGCUCCAGGCUCCUACCGCAGUCUUAACCGUGCAGGGCCUGCCGUGGCAUCGGCUCACAGAGAAAACCCUCUGGCUCAGGAAGCUGGCGCUGGACUUCGGGGCUCGCCUGAACUGGCCUGGACAAGUCCCUGACCCGGAUGUGAUGUCGUCCGCCGUGGCUCUUCAUCGCUCCAUAGCUCGCCGUGAAGCGGGGCGUGUCUACCUGGUUCAGGAGGAAGAGCGCGAGAGGAAACGUCCGGUCAACCCGGAGGAGGAUGUGAUCAAGACGGCGGUGGCGGUGCUGAUGAUGGCAGCCUACAGGAAUCAGUCCCUGCAUAUUUUUGUGCGUCCCGCCCUGCUCGCAACAGCCAUACACGUCGCAAAGACAGUGCAGAGAGAUGAGCUCUUCGCCUUCUUUUGCUUCCUACGAGACGUCUUCUCCAACGAAUUCAUCUUCGUCCCUGGGAAGUCGUCUCAGGACUUUGAGGAGGCAUGCGUCCUCCUGAGGAAAUGUGGAGCGGUCCACAUCAGUGAACAGGAAGUGACGGUGUCAGACGCGGGGCUGGAGGUGCUAUCCUUCCUGCAGGCACUUCUCCAACCCUUCGUAGACUCUUAUCAGGUGAUGUUCAGGUACCUCUGUGAUAAUGGAGUUCACGUGUUCACCGAGAAACAGUUGCUACCUGCUGUGCGAAACCUGGCUACAAAGCUCAUCCUCUCAGGUGAACUUCACACCUAUGAAGCCCUUUCGUCCGACACGCAAAAGAACGUUGUGUCGGCCCUGCGGAGGCUGGAGGCCUUGACGAAGUUGAAGGCGUCUGAGCAGAAUGAGUACAGAGUGAACAAAGCAGCUGUCAGAAGAAUCGACGACAUGUUUUGCGGGAAAAUCCCUCCCCAGAUGCUCCAGACUACACCUGACGCAAAACUUUAGCCUCCACUGGAACAGAUCCAUCUUCAGUAUCAGCUCACCGUCCUGUUUAGCCCCGCCUGACCCUUUCCACUCCUCCUUCCCUCCGUGCCUUAAUGCAGCCAUCGGUAGCAAUGCUGCACCUUUAACUCUGCAUCCUCGACACCAGUGCACAAACUUAAUCUGGCAGCGUUCCACUCUUGAACGUCUGCUACCCCCCCCCCCCCCCACUCUCUGUGUCCUUGAUGUCAUCCCGUACUAAAGAGCUGACCUGCGACGGUAUUCCUGAUUCCAUUUGAUGCCUAUAAUCAGAAUUAGUUGAAGAAGAAAAGGCUCACAGUAUGUAUGACUGAUGCACUAAAGAUAAUGAACUAUAACUGUAUUUUAAUCAGUUGCAUUGUUAGUAUGUUUGUGUCCUGCAGAUUUAUUGUUAUUUGGCAAGGCUGACAUGUCUAAAAGAGAAUGAAUAGAGCACUUUAAAACAAACGUGAUUGCUGGCAUAGUAAGUGCAAUUAAAUAGUAAACACUGAAUUAUGACUCUUGAUUGUAUAAACAUUGUACCAAUACAAAUCUUAAUACUGUACCAAAUAUCAUAACAAAUCUUUGUUUGAGACAUUUAUUUGAACUUAGUUACAUCUCAAUAAAAGUAACAAAACGCA